AUGGAAUCUUGGUGGCUUACUCGAAAUAUCGUGCUGCCAGAGAUGGCCUUAGAAAGAAAGCAAAGUUUCCAUAGAAUGGAUAUCUUCAAGACGGACUUAGGUGCAUUCAACACCGCUGUUAUAUUCGGCGCUGAGAAUUUGAUGAGCGAUAUGGUACCAAAGCUCAGUGAAAUGAGAUCUGGCACUUCGCUUGUGGCAUGCCGAUUUCCGCUCCCUGAAUGUGGUCACUUCCAAUCUAUUGCUCAAAUUGGUGAAGGUAUCGACGCAGUCUACUUCUACAAGUUCUUCACCCUAACUCCGGAACAAUUCAAAACAUAUCAGCUAGAGAGGAAAGAACUAGUACGAGAGAGGGCGAAAUACGGGAAUAGUUUAUGGAUACCGUUCUAUUCCAAAGGAGAGCUUGUACGUGAAGAAUCUCAACAGUCUGAUUGA